UCUCUUGUCGCGCAAGAAGCGUUUGACUUCACUUCUUUACUAUCUCUGAAGCUAUCAAUAAUCGCAGGUCGAUAAAAUGGCAGUAAGACCAGGGGAAGAUCUCGCAGCUACUUUGUUCGCAGAUAUACAUUAUUACUAUGGUCCACCAACAGUCAAACCUCCUCAUCACAGAUUUGAUAAAGGUUCAUAUGUCUAUCUUUUCGAAAAUGCAGGACAGAGAAGAGCUCGACUUGAAAUAGCUAACAAUGCCGGUACUCCGGAUCAAGAUGCUUUCACUGGUCAUCUUGAUUCUGCUCAUGUCAAAUAUUCAUAUAGGCAUACCACAUUGGUCACUCUGACUAUAGAUGGACCAAAUGGACAGCAAAGAAACAGUCCAAUUGGUGCCCAAGAAUGGCAUUUGCCAACUUUUGAUCCUCGAAACGAGACUAAGUACAUGUACAGACUUCACACUAUUGAUCUCUACUUCUGGAAUAAAGAAGAUGCACUUAAUUUUGUGAAUGGAGUGCGGAGAGUUCUACCUCAGCAUCAAAUUACGAUUGAGGAUGAGCCAGCACCACCACCAUCUCACGCAGACGAUAUGAGUCCAAUAGUUCAGCAAUUGGAAAAUAACCAAGACAUCUCGAACUUCCUCCCAGCUGCUAUUAACGUUUCAUUUCCUGGGCCGCCAAAUCCCCCCAGCCAAUCAUCACAAGCUCCUGCUAGUUUUGCACCGAUGGCAUAUAAUCCAGCUGCACCAGCUGCUCCCGAAGCUAUUCAGCAUCGAGAAAAGACACCUCCGCCAGAAGAUGGAGCGGGAAAUCCACUUGUUCACGCUGCAACUUCUGAUCAUGGACAAUUCUCUCCACCUUCACAAUUUCAGCAACAUUCAAGCUUUUCCACACCUGCUCCACCACCACAGUUCCAAAGACAGCAAACUUUCCCUAUGAUGUCCCCACCUCACCAGCCGGCGCACGGACAAGGAAGCUUCUCUGGAGCAACCCCACCACAACAUACCAAUACCCCUCCGAAUUCCAACUAUUUCCCCGGCUCGGUUCAGCCUACAUCCGGACUUCGCUCUCCAUUUUCUCAACAGUUCGCAACCCAAACCCCUUCAUUCGCACCUCCACCCACCGCAAACUCGCCAAACACAUUCGCACCACCCCCUACCGACAGCACUCCACCCCUCCCAACUCCUACUGGCCCCGCUCCUCCCGCCUACUUCUCUCCCCCUAUCUCCCCCAAUCAACCCACAACCCAAUACGCAACCUUCCCCUCCACUCCCUCCUACGCAACACAUAACCUACCCACCCCCGGUCUCUUCUCUCCCGGUUUCGCCCCCCAACAUCAAAAUCCUCCUCUUUCCUCUCCAGCCCCCGGUCUCCAACCUCUCUCCCCUCCAGGAGGCUUCGCAAACUACACUUAUACUGGCGCGCAAACUAGUGCCGGUCAACCAUUGAUGACAGCCAAUGAUUACAGUAUCCAUCAACAAGUCUACAGACCCACAGAAAUCGAAGCGAAAUUUAAAAGAAAGGGAAGCGGAAAGGGGAAGAAGAGCGACGACAAGAAAGAUGGAAAGGAUAAAGGACCAAGAGGUCGAUUGGAAGAUAAUGCAGGGAGGUUGGAGAAGGGCGUUACGGGAAUUUUGAAAAAGUUCGAGAAGAAGUAUGGUUAG